AUGGAGGAGGCCAAGGAGGCUGAGGUUGCAUUGGAGACCCCUGCCAUUGUGUUGGAGGAGGUUGCAGAGGAGGCGCAACCAGAAGUGGCUGAAAAGAAAAAGAAGAAUAACAACAACAAGGGAAAGAAGGCUGGAGAGGCUGAAUCUUCACAUCAUCGCAGGGUAAGAAAGAACAAAGAGCAAAAGGAUGAUUAUGAAAAUGAAGAGGCUAAGAAGGAGAGAAAGAGAAGGGAUAAAGAAGAAAGAAAAUUGCGCCGGCAUGAAGAGAGGCAUUUAAGAAAAGCAGAGGAAGAAAAACAGAGGGCUACGAGCCCUGAGAAGGAUGAAGAAUCGACCUCUGUAAGGGAGGAUAGGGGGGAAACAGCACAGUUGAUGGAAUCGGUGCAACCCGAAACAACGCAAAUGGUUGUGACCGAUGAAGGAGAAGAAACGAAAUGA